AUGCCCGCAGACGGCUCUUCUGCAGGUCUUACUGCCAACGGUAUCCCUACCAGCCAUGGCAACUUUGACCUCGUCACCCACCAUGCUAUCGAUUAUGCUCCUGGCAUGUCAGUUGAAAAAUGGAGAUCGCGCAAGACUGGUCUCACCGUGCUCUGGGCCAACUUCGACUCGCCCCUUCUCAACUGCUACAUGACACUAGCCUCGGAGAUCUUCGAAGACUCGGGUGUACCGCAUACGCUCGAGCAUCUCAUCUUUCUCGGCUCUGACCUGUACCCAUUCAAGGGCGUUUUGGACACUUUGGCAAACAGAGCCUUUGCCAGCGGCACAAACGCAUGGACCGCCAACGACCACACUGCUUACACGCUCACCACUGCCGGCUCAGACGGUUUCCUCAGAAUGCUUCCUGUCUAUCUCGACCAUGUCUUCUUUCCCACCUUGACCAAGGAAGGCUUCGUCACCGAGGUCUACCACGUCAAUGGUAAAGGUCAGGACGCAGGUGUCGUCUUUAGCGAGAUGCAAGGUCGUGAAAACUCGCCCGCCGAUCUCAUGGAGCUCAAGUCGCAGCGUAUGCUCUAUCCAGCCUCGUCGGCUUAUCGUUCCGAGACGGGUGGUCUUAUGUCGGCGCUACGCGUGCUCGACAUUGACAAGAUUCGCGACUACCAUCAGCAGUACUAUGCUCCUCAUAACGCAGCCCUUGUUGUCUGUGGACCAUUGGCUCGCGUCGACCUGCUCAACUCGCUGGCACCUGUAGAGGAGCGGCUUGUCACCAAGCGCAAUGCCCAACCUGAAGGCCCCAGAGGAUGGAAGCGUCCCUUUGUCGAGACCGAAUCUGCCGUACCACCCGUUAUCGAUGGAUCCAGCAUCGAUCAACCAGGCCUCGAUCCAGCUGAUCCGCCAGCCGAGGGCUCGCAACCCGACUCGAAGCGUCGACGCGCCUUCAUCGAUUUCCCUGAGAAGGACGAGAGUGUUGGCGAAAUUCAAAUCUCCUGGGUCGGUCCCAAGUUCCAGGAUUGGUUGACUUGCGAGGCCAUCAGCAUUCUCAGCACUUACCUCACCGACUCGCCUGUCUCUGCUGUCCAAAAGGCUUUUGUCGAGCGUGACGAUCCACUCUGUACUGAUGCCUACAUCGAUGCAUCCGACAAGGCGGGCGCUAGCUUGCUUUCUGCUUACUUUUCAUCGGUUCCCUCUGACCAACUUGACCGUCUCGACCAGCAGUUUGUCGAUCUGCUGUCCAGCAUCGUUCAGGAAGGAAUCGACAUGGAAAGGAUGCACAUGGUCAUCAAGCGAGACAAACUCAAGGUCCUCUCGCAACUCGAGACCAAGCCUGCCGACUCAUUUGCCGAUCUUCUGAUCACCGAUUUCCUUUACGGUAACCGCUCAGGUGACGACCUUCACACGGCGCUUCAAGACAUGAAGCGCUACGAUGAGCUGCUUCUGUGGAAGAGUGAACAGUGGACCGAACUGCUGCAGAAGUUCUUUGUCGACAACCCCAGACUCGUGGUUGUCGGGCGUCCCUCUUCGGCACUGUCGGACAAGUUGAAGGCAGAUACCAAGGCGCUCGAAGAGGAAAGAAGACAAAAGCUGGGCGAAAGCGGGUUGAAGAAACUCGAGGAGCAACUCGAGGAAGCCAAGAAGCAAAACGACCGGCCUAUCCCAGAUGAGAUGCUGAAACAGUUCAAGAUUCCCGACACCGAGAGCAUCAAGUGGAUCCCUGUCGGCACAGCUCAAGUUCUACCCACGUCUACGCCACAGUCGGCAAAGGGCGAGACUAGCGCGUACGGCAUGCAAGUGCACAAUACUGUCGACGAUCUUGACCGUAAGAUUCAAGCACACGUCGAUGCGGAUCCUGCGAGGCUGCCUUACUUUGUGCAGUUUGAUCAUGUUAGCUCUGCCUUUGUCUCGAUCUCGCUCGUGUUUUCGACCACGGACCUGCCCAAGGAGCUGCGUGCCCAGAUGCAACUUUAUCUGUCUGUUCUGUUCUCGCUUCCUAUCGUCAAACAGGACGGCUCGUCCACGGCACUAACCUACGAACAAGUGGUCAAAGGUUUGGACGAAGACACGCUCGAGUACGGCGUUUCGCUGGGCAGUGGUGGAUUCGGCGAACUGGUCUGUGUCGAACUUAAGCUCGAGCGUGCAAACUACGAAAAGGGCAUCGCCUGGCUGCGCGACCUGUUGCUGGGAAGCCAAUUUGCCAUCGACCGACUCAAAGUAUCGAUCAGCAAGAUCAUCCAGAGUCUUCCGGAACAAAAGCGAAACGGACAUACGAUCGCUUCUGCUCUGAGCCGAUCCCUGACGCACGACGCGGAGAAAUCGACCAACUUGGCCAAUAGCAUUUUGAAGCUGGUCAAGACCAUGCCCGAGUUGCAAGAGAGGCUCAACACGGAGGCUUGCAAAGUGGUGCAAGACUUUGAGCGGAUCCGGUCGACGCUGGUGCGUGCAGAAAACCUGCGUGUUUCUGUUGCGGGCGAUAUCCUGGCGCUGGACAGACCGAAGAGUGCAUGGUCGGAGCAUUUCACCAGGGUGGAGUGGAUGCAGGGUUCGCCCAAGGAGACGCUCCCUGUACCGUGGAGCAAAGAUAUGCUUACCGAGCUCGGUCGAGCGCCGUCGAGAAAGGGGCUGAUCACGGCGCUGCCUACGGUGGAGAGUUCGUACUCUUACUUUACCACCAAAGGUAUCGCGUCGUACACGCACGUGGAUGCACCGGCGCUCGUGACGACGAUUACGAUUCUCAACGCCAUGGAGUCGUAUCUGUGGCGAUACAUCCGCGGUGCCGGUCUAGCGUACGGUGCCAGUAUCGUCUCGAAUCCGGAAAGCGAGUUGAUUCACUUUAGCCUGUACCGCUCGCCCGAUUCGGCGAAAGCGUUCCUCGAGGCAAAGAAGGUGAUUCAAGCUCUGUGCGCUGAGCGCUCGGACGGCUGCAAGGCGGACCAAAAUGAAUUGGUGCUGGAGAUCGACUCGACCACACUCGAAUCGGCCAAGUCUUCUUUGCACUUCAACAUGGCCGAAGCAGAAGGUACGCUUUCAGGCGCUGCACAGGAAAGCUUCUUGGAUCAAGUGCUCAAACAAUCGCCCAAGCACCGUGGCAAACUGCUGCUCUCGGCGGUUCAAACCGUUUCCCUGGCCGACGUCAAGGCGUGUCUCAACAAGUACAUUUUGCCGCUGUUUGAUGCGCAAACGAGCACAGCUGCUGUCGUUGCACCCGUCGGCAAGGCGGAUGAGAUCCAAACCCAACUGCAGCACGCCGGGUACAGUAUGGAGAGGGUCGAGAUCGAUCUAGGUAAAGACGAGCAUAGUAGUGAGGAUGAGCACAGUGCGAGCGACGACGACAGUGGAUCCGAGACUGACGAGAGCGAGCGUUAG